AUGAAUGGAGGAUUUGACGAGAAGAAGGAGGCAGUCACACCCGAUAGGUUCAUAGGUGCAAACUUGCACGUCACGAUCAACGACACACGCGUCUUGGAGGGAAUCUUGACCGUGAUUGACCCCUUUGGAAACCUACUAUUAUCAAACGUCCAGGAGACUUCCAGAGACAAAUUCAACUCGCACAAACUACAUGUGAGAGAAAUCGGGCUAGUGAGCGUGCCACGAAAAACUAUAGUCAGCGUCAAGGUGGAUCAAAGAACACAUAAGAGCAUAUAUCAAAGUUAG